AUGGACCUCGAGGCCGGAUACAUACUGUUGAGUGUGCGAUACCGAUUCGGAGCCCGACAUGAAUCCCAGAAUUUCCAGGCAGACACAGAAAUCCACUAUGGAGACGGGUACAAACUGGUGCGUAACGAAAUGAACGGUGGCCUACUACUCUACUCGCCAAUUCGAGCCAAAGUGCGAAUAACAGCAGAAGGCGUUCUCCCGGAGGCGGUUGGGCUCAAGUUUGUCCAAGCCAAGCUGAUCAACCGGAAAAGAAACAUAUGA